AUGUCGUCGUCGGUGGCGACCGCAUUGAGUGACGGCCUCGAGCGCCUCGUGGAGAUGUCCGGUGCGGGGGGUCCCGGCCUCGGGCGCGAGUCCCUCCCCAUCCUCGAAUCCUUCCUCCACGCCACCGACCUCCUCGUUGAGUCUGCCGAGGCGGUGGGGGCGUCGACCAAGGAGCAUCGGCUGCGGGAGGCGAUCUUCAACUACGGGCGCGAGCUCAAGGCCGAGGCCAACGCCCUGCGGGAGGUGGCGCAGGGCCUGGCCCAGGCGCCCGCCAUCGGACAGACCGCGGAGACCAAGCACGCCAUGAUCCGCUCCCUCAUCAAGAUCGGCAAGCUCACCGCCAACCUCAUGCAAGCCGAAGAGGACGUCGACCAGAAGGUGCUGAGCCAUGCCUGCAAGAACUGCGCGUCCUCGGCUAAGGCACGUCUUGCUGCUGCUGCUGCUGCUGCUGCUGCUGCUCGAGGGAAGACCCUGGUCAGCAAGACACGCCGAACCGACGCCGAGAUGAUCGAGGCGGCCCGCGUGUUUGCUCAAAGCUGCGUCGAGCUGGUGAAGACCCUGAGCGACAUAGCCUAUCGAUACGCAGAGACCAGCCCCAAGCACAGAGACGAAGUGCUACACGUCGCCAACCAGAUCAAGACGACCUCGCCCAAACUCAUCGAGGCCGUCAAAGUGGCCCACUUCAACCCAGGCAACACAAAGAAUAUGGAGGCGGCGCUGGUGGUGGUGAAGGCGCUCGCCGGGGAGAUCUCGCGGGCCAUCACCUUGGCCAAGGGUCCGGCCUUCACCACCGAGGUGCGGAUGCCUCCGUUCGCCCUGGGGUCGUCGUCGUCCGUGUCCGCGCUUUCGGCUUCUCUCUCUUCGUCUCCUCCCUCCUCCUCCUCGUCGUCGUCGUUGCACCAUCCUCCACUCUCCUCGUCUCCCUCUUCGUCUUCGUUCUCCUCACUUCAUUCCGGGUCGGCCCCGCCUUCCUCGCCGUCCACUUCGCGAGCCGGUGGCGGAGGACUGGGCGGGUUCCGGCGGCGACCAGAAGGCGGAAGCGGCAUCGGGAGCAGCGUCGCGCUGGGCAGCGGCGGCAAUAGCGGCAUCGUGGGCGCCGGCAGCAUGAUCAGGAAGAGGACCAUCACCGACAGCCGGGAGGGCAUGGACGUGCUCCUCCGAGCUCGAGCAAUGUCGCAGGCGGUCACAUUGAAGCUGAAGAUCGAGAAGGAGCUCGACGUUCGGUCCCUGGACGCCGGCGCCGCUGAGUCGGAGGACUCCGCGACCGCGUCGACGGCGCCCGUCGGCGACGAGUCGGCCAACGGCGGCGGCAAGGCGGACCACCAACACACCAACCAGGGUGGCAAGGGCCGAGGGUCAAUGGACAAGGAGGAGUCCAAGCUGUUGCUCCGGAUAACGAAGCUCGAGGUUGACAACAAGAAGUUGCGUGACGAGAACGAAGAGCUGCGUCGACGGUUCGAAAAUCAGGCGGACGACGAGCGACGGCUGCGGGAGAGGGAGCGGGAAGAGGAGACAGAGCUGCACGAGCAGCUGCUGCUCAAGCGAAAGCUCGUCAGCAUGGCCGACGAAAACAGCCGCCUGCGGCAGGAGUCGUUCUACUUCGAGGACUGGGCCACCCGACUCAUUGGCACCCCGCCCACGGAGAUGGACCUCGACGGCAUGAAGUGCUCGGCCGUCGAGAACAGCCCCCAGCAGCCCUACAAGGCACUCCGGUGA